GCUCAGACAUCCAGAGGGAGCAAAGAUCAGCGCCGCUCAGCCUCUACAGUGUUCAGGAAGAUAAACAACCGGAGGAAAACAAUGACGAUGAGGGUCGCUCUGCAAACUCUGAUAACAUGUCUGGUGUUAUCUUCAGCAUUUGCAACAACAGCUACAGUUACAAUAACUGGAUCCUCAACAACAGUGUCUGCAACUCCUUUAUCCACUAACAGUCCCUCCGCUCCAACCAGCAGUAGCCAAACGGUACCUACAGUUACAACAACUGGAUCUUCAACAACAGUGGCUGAAACUACUGUAUCCACUAAAAGUCCCUCCACUCCAACCAGCAGUAGCAAAACGACAACCACUGUUACAACAACUGGAUCACCAACAACAGUGGCUGAAACUACUGUAUCCACUAAAAGUCCCUCCACUCUAACCAGCAGUAGCCAAACGCCUAAAACCUUGAUGCCUACAGAGACCACCACAUCAUCUGAGACUGAGAUGAGCACUACAAUGUCUCCUACAACUUCAUCAUCACUCUCACCAUCCUCCACCACCUCAGGGCCUCAGACAACGGACACAGCCGUCACCACCACCACACCCCUGACCACUCCACCAACUGAGAGCACCCAAACCACCCUAACAUCCACUAACCUCCCCAGUCCAACCAGUGCCAUCACCGUGACCUCUGACCAAACGACGACACCUGCGAGCGACACCACCACCACCACCGUCUCUACCUCCACAGCUGGUUCCCCAGCCAAUAGCGUAUCCUCACAACCAGCGAGCUCAACUGGAGCUCCGACCACCACACCAUACAGUUCCUCUACUGCCAGGCUGACGUCGCCCAAGGCCCCAGCCAGCAGCCCCACAUCCGAAGGGGGGGAACAGAAACCGAAGCCUCUCAGCUCAGGAAGUGUUGCAGUUAUUGUCUGCAUGUUCCUCCUGGUGGUCGUCCUGGUGCUGGGAGGAUUGUACCACUACAAGUUUAGACGGACGUCAUACGGCCCUCUCAUGGAAAGCUUCGACCACGGCAGCAUAGGAAACUUCCCCAACCCGAUGUAUGACCCUUGAUGUUUUGGAUCUCUUAUCUCAGGAGAAUGAAGAGUCUCUGCAGACAGUACGGAUCUGCACAGAGUUGUAGCAGUAUGUGACUGUGGACGUCUGUUUCAGUUAUGGAACCUGUCAUGAACACUGGUUAAGUGGCCUAUUUCCGUGUUUUUCUGGUUAAGAACAACUUUUUAGGUGUUUUCCACUGAAAGAUGAAGUAAAAUAGUGACCUUCACAUUCAGGACACUCUGAUGCACAGAGAAACGGCCAGGAAAGGCCAAUACAGAAAACUUAGUUGGGCCUUUUAACUGACAGAAUGUGAAGCAGAAAUGAUAAUCCUGGGAACUGUGUCAGAUUUUCUUAUAUUGUCUGGGUCUAUAUGGUAUUCUUCGGGUAACAUGAAGCAAAACUGUGAGAUAAUAUUAUACGUCAAAAUGAACAGUAAAUUAGGUUUAUAGGAAGAGCCAGGAGUAACCAGAAAGUCAAACGAGUGAAAAUAAAUGCAUUUUAAGGAAGGAUUUUCAUUCAAAGACUUUUCUUUUCAGUAUUUGUGUUUAUUGAUCAGGAAAAAAAAAACGAUUAAAUAUGAAUAUUUAAAAAAAAGAGUAUUAAAUCGUAUACAAAUAAAUCGUUAUUUUAAUAACUUUGUCUGAAAACCUUCAGUUUGCUGUAGAUCAGUGAAUGACUUUAAUUUCCCUUUGCUCUGAAAGCAGGACAAAGUUUGGAUUGUAGUUUUAAACUAAGGAUGCUGUUUGUUUGUGUGAAAAAUAAUGUUUUAAUCCUUUGCUGUUUCUUUAAGUUUGAAAUUUAAUUGUUUAAGUAAAAAUACAGAUAAAAAAACAAACAGUGAUGCAUUGAUAAAGAUCAUUUUGGAGAAAUUAUUUGUAGUUCAUAGUUCUUUACUGGGUACAGUUUUUUUCUUUUGUCAUACAGGAAUCCUGAGUGUCAAUAUACAUGUCAGAAAACAGUGUGGUCAGCUAAAUAAGUUAAUAAAGAAUAAAAUGAGACAUUUUUAAAAUUAUUAAAUAAAUAUUUUAUUUGUUGUUUCUUUGUUAGAUUAAGCAUGUAACUCAUAAAAU